AUGGUGGAUGAUUGUGAAGAGAGAAUUGCUGCUGAAUCUUUAGCUCAAGGGAACAUUCUGCUGGAUGGACAACCUGUACCAAGGAAAGAAUCGUUUCGCUACCUAGGAUCGAUACUCCAAAGUAAUGGGGGCAUCGAGGAGGAUAUUCUCCAUCGAACCCAAUCUGGCUGGGGGAAAUGGCGUAUGGAUUCUGGCGUCCUUUGUGACCGCAAAGUGCCUCUAAAGCUUAAAGGUAAGUCUUACAAAUACGCGAUCAGGCAUGCCAUGCUAUACGGUGCGGAAUGUUGGGAAAUAAACAGCCGGGACACUUUGAGGCUAAAGAGUAUCGAGAUGCAGAUGCUGAGAUGGGCAUGCGGACAUACGAGGCAUGACCGUAUCAUGAAUGAGUACGUGCGUAAGAAACUUAUGGUAGCGCCAAUCAAGGAGGUGCUCGCACAUCAUCGGCUGCGCUGGUUUGGGCAUCUCCAGCGAAGACCACCUGAUGCCCCAGUUUGA